AAAUAAAACUGCUCCAAAUUCAACACAACUCUGCCUGCAACGAUUAAGAAAGAAGAAAACAAUCAUUCUUCUAAAAAUACAACACAAUUCUAAUAACAAUAAUUAAAACAAGCGAAUAUAAAGCCGCGUACAUGCUUAACUAUUAGGCGGUCUAGCAUUUUGCAGAGAGUUCGUGGAUGGCCAAGUAAAUCACUGUGCCCAAGGGGUACACAAAUCAAAUAAUAUCAACACACACACGACGAAAGAAAGAAGGAAUAAGUAAAUAAUAGGCGCGCUCUGAUCUGCGCUUAAAAUUAAUAACAAAUUAGUUAUACAACAAAAAGAAACAACAACAAUGAGCAGCCAGGGGCAUCAUAAGAUGCAUGGCUGUGCCGGCAGUAUGGCAACACUGGCGAGCGCCAAAAACAACACAGAUGCUUCCAGCACAGAAUACACGGAUGAAAUAGAUCUGGGCGAUCGAUUCUCCGUGGAUAUAGCCCGUUUGUGUAUGAACGAUCGUUAUUCGGAUGUGGAAUUUGUUGUGGAGGAGCAACGUUUGCCGGCACAUCGUGCCAUACUCGCUGCACGCAGUGAAUACUUUCGUGCCCUACUGUAUGGCGGCAUGUCGGAGACGACACAACGUCAGAUUGCACUGGAGGUGCCGCUGGAUUCAUUUAAGGUCCUGCUGCGUUACAUCUACUCGGGCACACUCUCGCUGGCCACGUUAGAUGAGGACGCGGUCAUCGGCAUUUUGGGCAUGGCCAAUCAAUAUGGCUUUCAGGAUCUGGAAAUGGCUAUAUCGAAAUAUCUCCGUCAAUAUCUGGCAUUAAACAAUGUCUGCAUGAUAUUGGAUGCAGCGCGUCUAUAUAAUCUGGAGGAGCUAACACAGGUUUGCCUCAUGUUCAUGGAUCGCAAUGCGGCGGAUCUGCUCCAACAUGAUUCCUUUAAAAUGCUGUCAAAGGAAUCCUUGGAGGAGGUGCUGCGUCGGGAUUGCUUCUUUGCGCCUGAGGUUGAAAUCUUUUUGGCCGUUUGGAAAUGGAGCAGAUACAAUCCCGAUAUAGAUAUUAAGACAGUUGUAUCUUUUGUACGUCUGCCGCUCAUGAAUCUGGAGGAUCUGCUGAAUGUGGUGCGUCCAUCUGGCAUACUUGAACCCGAUAAAAUUCUGGACGCGAUUAAAGAGUGCAUCACGUUGAAGACGUUGCCGUAUCGUGCCGCUUUGUGGCCGGAGGAGAAUGUGGCCACCGCCAAGUAUAUGUCACGUUGCAUUCAAGGCGAAUGUCGUUCCGCAUUGUUGGACGGCGAUGUCACAUCCUAUGACAUGGAGCACGGAUAUACACGGCAUUGCAUUACGGAUAGCAAUGAUGCGGGCAUUGUGGUUGAACUCGGCACCAUGUGCAUGAUAAAUCACAUUCGGAUGCUACUCUGGGAUCGGGACAGUCGCGCCUAUUCGUAUUUCAUUGAAGUGUCUGGCAAUCAACAGCAUUGGGAGCGUGUCAUCGAUUACAGCGAAUAUCAUUGCCGAUCCUGGCAGUAUCUGUACUUUGAGGCGAGACCCGUGCGCUUCAUUCGCUUGGUGGGCAUCCAAAACACAGUCAAUAGGGUGUUUCAUUUGGUCGGCUUGGAGGCGAUGCACACAACAAAAGUGCCCAAGUUGAUAGACGGCUUUGUGGCGCCGGAGGCGAAUGUGGCCACCAUGGAGAUGAGUGCGAUAGUCACAGAUGGGGUUAGUCACACCAGGAACGGACUGAUCAAUGGGGAUUAUGCUCGCUACGAUUGGGAUUCGGGAUACACGUGCCAUCAGUUGGGCAGCGGCGAGAUUGUUGUCCGGUUGGGUCAACCAUACUACGUGGGAUCGAUGCGUCUGCUCUUGUGGGAUUGUGAUGAUCGCACAUAUAGCUUCUAUAUUGAGACCUCAACCAAUCGCAAGAAUUGGCAAAUGGUGGUGGAUAAGCGGGCGGAGAAAGCGCGCUCCUGGCAAAAUCUACACUUUGCGCCAAGACCCAUUGUCUUUAUACGGAUCGUGGGCACACGGAAUACAGCAAAUGAGAUCUUUCAUUGCGUACAUCUGGAGUGUCCAUCGCAGGACAAGGUUUAUCUGAAGAAGAUCGCUGGACUGAAGAAGCCGCAACGCGAUCGUGAGGAACUGGAUGAUAACAUUGCUUCCACAUCGCGUGCAGUGGCUUCGUUGUCUCUGUCUCUGACGACGAGAUCGCCCAGUGUCUUGGAACGUUGGUCAAGCACUCCAACAGUUGGUGAAGUCAACGCUGCCAAUGAUGCAGCUGAGGCGAAUCCAGAUGCGCUUGAUAAAUCCGGAACAUCGACAACGCCUUCAACGCCGCGUUCACCUGUGACGCCUUCAACAUCACGUUUAUCGCCACAGCGACAACGGGAACAGGAACAAGAUCUGGCGCCACUUGUGGAGCUGUCCAUUGAACCAGAGCCGGAGCAGCAACGGGAGCAGCCGAAUAAUUCUGAUCGCUGAAUGUAGCGAUGUUUUAUACGCGAUCUUUUUUUAGAUAAUUGUCGCAACUUGAAAAUACUCCUGUGGUCAAAUGCGCUGCUUAUUUCUUACUUAUACUCCAUUCAACAAGUCAGCGUCAUUUAUUUUUAAGCAAUAAUUAUUAAUUAUGUUGUACAUAUUGCUACUCUUACCCAUAUACUUAUACAUACAAUUAUUAAUUAAUUAAUGUAUGUAAUCGAAUUAAUUUUAUAAUUUUGUGCAACCCAAACGAAUUGUGUGUUGACAAAUCAGCAUCAAUAUUAUCAUCCAAUGCCAGACGUCCUUAUUACUACUUAAUGUACAAAUUAAAUUAAUUUCAAAAGGUAUUAUAAUUGUUAUAAUUAUCUUAUCUUAUUUUUUGUUGAUGCCAUUUCGUUGAUUCGUUCGAGUUAAGUUCAAAAAUAGAUUUGUAUAUGGUUGCAGUUGUUUAUUUAAUUUAAUUACAAACAUUUCGUUACAACAUGUAAUGCACUUAAUAAAUUAAUAAUUAUAUCUAAUG